AUGAUAAUAUCAUCAAAUGGAAUAAAUGGUGAUUGUUAUAGUGAUUGUGUUGAUGAUAAUAGAGAAUUUUGUAAAACUGAAUGGUCAAAAUGCGUUGUACUAAUGCAAAAAUGUAGAGAUAAUUGUGAUGUACAAUUAGAAAAUUAG